AAAAAGCACAGCUAGAGAGAAUUGAAUUACAUGGUACAACAGCCUAGUCCAGCAUGUUCUCUAUCUUCAUAUAAUCCAUCUGCUUAAUUCAUUCAUUAUCCCUAGGCACUUAAGAAUAAAACGACACAUAGGGAUGACCUCUAACUUUCCACUACCUCGGCCUUUGAGGAGAUCCUGGAGUCUGGCCCCUGCAAGGACAAUGCGUUUUGUGGUUUUAGGACAAAGUGCUGUAGGCAAGACAGCACUGACCGUGAGAUUCAUUACUAAAAGGUUUAUUGGUGACUAUGACCCAACUCUAGAAAUGAUUUACAGACAUACGGCAGUAAUGGAUGGAGAAUGUGUCCAUUUUGAAAUCCUAGAUACCGCCGGGCAGGAGGAGGAUUCACUACAAAUUGAAGAGAAAAUCAAAUGGGGUGAUGGUUUUGCAGUGGUAUAUUCCAUAACAGACAGGUGCAGCUUUGACGAGGUUAUGAGACUCUGCUUUCUCAUUAAUCAUAUUCACAGCAAUGCAAAGAAGGUAACUGAACAACCUCCCAUCGUAAUUGUAGCCAACAAGAAAGAUCUCCAGUUCGAUCGAAUGGUAUCCACCGAUGAAGGAGAAAAAUUGUCUAAAUCCUUAAAAAAUCCAUUUUAUGAAAUAUCCACCAGAGAUAGCUAUGAAGAAACUGUCAUGGUUUUUAAUUCUCUUUAUUAUGAACUUUUGAAACAAGGAAGCUUUUCCCCUGGAACUUUUAAGAAGAGAAGUGUGUCUAAACUUAUGGAAAAAAUUCCAAAAAUAUAUGCAAACUCAGCUCUUAACUCAAAUGGCCGGAGUUUAAGUUUUAAUUCCUUCAGAGAUUACAUACCAGAGUGAAUUCUGGGUCAUUUUAUGUCUCAAGCUGGAAGCUUUUCAAAACAACUUGUUUGGAGCUGAUUUCAUUACAUGACUCAUGAAAAUGAAUAUUAAGUUGAGGAUUUUUCUCACUUGUUUGGUAGUUAGUGGCAGAUGGAGCUAAGACUGCAUAUUGGCUUCUAGGGUAUGCAUUGCCUAUUACAUCUUGAAGGCUCUAGGGUAUGCAUUGCCUAUUACAUCUUUAAGGCUCUAGGGUAUGCAUUGCCUAUUACAUCUUUAAGGCUCUAGGGUAUGCAUUGCCUAUUACAUCUUUAAGGCUCUAGGGUAUGUUUUGCCUAUUACAGUCUUUAAGGGUUUCUGAAAAAGUCACCUUUUGUCAAUAAUGUGUAUAAAGUUGCAUUAGAGGGAAGCUUUAUAAACGUUUAUGACAAAAGAUGAGUUUUCACAUUUGUGAUUCAGACAAGUCAUGUCAUUUUAAAAACGUUCCUAUGUAAGCAUAGGAAGACUUAAGGCCCAGUUCUCAAAAGCUCGUCAGCAUGGACAGAAAUGAUCAGACUUUUUUAUUGAGCAUUAUAUUGUAAAGUAAUUGACUUUCCUUAACAUAAAGAAGUGGUCUCCCCUUAAAGGGACAUAAACCCCCCCCCCCAAAAAAAAUAUUUCAAGAUUCAGAUAGAACUAACAAUUUUAAACAAAUUUCAAAUGUACUUCUAUUAUCAAAUUUUCUUCAUUUUCUUAUUAUCCUUUUUUGAAAAGCAGGAAUGUAAACUCAAGAGUUUGCACGUUUCUGCAGCAGUCUUGCAACAAUGCUAUUUAUUAGCAAGAUCACUAGAUGACAGCAUUAUUUCCUUAUUUUCCAUAUUUUUCUUUCAUGACAAUUGGUUUAUAUAUAUAUAUAUAUAUAUAUAUAUAUAUAUAUAUAUAUAUAUGCAGCCACCAAUCAGCAGCUAGAACCUAAGUUCUUUGCGGCUCUUUCGCUUUCCUAGAUAAACCUUUCAGCAAAGGAUAACAAGAGAAGGAAGCUAAUUAAAUAAUAGAAGUAAAUUUGAAAGUUGUUUAGAAUUAUCUAAAUCAUGAAUGUCUAAAUAUGACUUUACUGUCCCUUUAAGGGAUUUAACAUGAAAAUUAAGCACAUUUGAUAAUAGAAGUAAAUAGAACUUUUUUAUUUUUAAAUGUAUUCUCUAUCUGAAUAAUGAAAGAAUAAUUUGAGGUUUUAUGUCCCUUUAAUGAGCCAAGGUAACUUGCCUAUAAAACAGUCCAUGAGAGGACUAAGUAAAUACUGAUGAGGCCUCUUAUAGAAUCUUGGUUGACUAAAGAGCUUUAGAGAAUCAGACCCUUAGGAAAGUUUAUGUCUUUAGCACUCUAUCACAGCAGUGUUUGCAACAAUGUUUAGUAUUGCUACAAACAUGGUUGAAAACACUGUUGUUUUAAAGUGCUAAAAACACGUGCACACUCCUGAGCAAUCAUGAGCCUACCUAGAUUUACUCUUCAACAAAGGAGCAAACAAGAGAACAAAGUAGGAUUUUGGUAACAGAAAUAAAUUGGAACUUUUUUUUUUAAAUUGGACACUCAGUCUAAACCAUUAAAGUUUCAUCCGGACUUUACUGUCUCUUUAAUACAGCUUUAGUGCUUUAUAAAGCAUAUGGUAUCUGUGUAGAAUAAGCAUGAAAUAAAUAACCAGUAACUCUUCUCACAUUUGUAUAGACUUCAACUGAACGUUUAUUACUCAUGGGUGUUCAUUCCAGUCAGAGUUCUCUUGUAAAGUGUGUCGUGGUUUUCAUGACGUUUUCAAAUUAGAACCCAUUUCAAAUUGUUUGAAAUCUCCACAAUAACCCAUGGCCACCAUAGCACCGCCUAUAUUUUGCAAAGGGACAAUUCUGCACUGGUAUUCCAAUCAAUUAAAAAAAACGUUUCUGGCAGUGUCUCCAAGGAUUGCGGACUUUUCAUAUUCAAAAAAAUUGCACCUAAAUUUGUACUUCCUUCUCGUCUGUUUUCAAAACCUUUUCAAUAUUAAAGUUCUUGCACACACUUGUUCAUAGGUUUAUAAAGUAAAUUGUUUUCUUGCUUAAUAAAAAGUUAAAAACAAAAUUCAAAUACGAUCACAAAUUCCAUACGAUCGACUAAAUGUUCACAUUUGAUUGCAAUGAAGUGUCAUUAUUAAUUAAUAUAAUUGGUUAAGUGAACCAAACUUGCACUAACACACAUUAUGCACUGAAUUUAUUGUCAGUCGUAUUUGAUUCCACUUUGGUUGCAUAUUUUUUGCUUCUUUUACGCUUCCUGAAAUAAUUGAAAACGUAUUUGAAAUCCUUGCUCUAUUUUUUUUUUCUUACAUCUUUCUGAUAGUUAUCUAUGUUUUUAGCAAAUUAUUGUUCAAAUGUACAGAUUGCAACUGAUUUGGAAAAAAAAAUAUCUGCAAUAAAAAAAAAUCGUUGUGUACGUUUUUAUGGGUUUUUGGGUAAUUUGUUGGUCUAGUUGAUGGGUUUAUGAACUUUAUCAUUCUGUUGUAUUUGCACAUGAGAACGAGAUAAAAGGGUGAAGAACAGACAGGAAUUAAACAAACCUUAUACUCACAAAGACUAUGUUUCAACCAAAAUCCUCAUUCUCACAAAGACUAGGUUUCAACCACAGACCUCAUACUCACAAAGGCUAUGUUUCAACCAUAAUCCUCAUAUUCACAAAGACUAGGUUUCAACCAUACUUCUCAUACUCACAAAGGCUAGGUUUCAACCACAAUCCUCAUACUCACAAAGACUAGGUACAACCAUAAUCCUCAUACUCACAAAUACUAGGUUUCAACCAUAAUCCUCAUACUCACAAAGACUAGGUUUCAACCAUAAUCCUCAUACUCACAAAUACUAGGUCUCAACCAUAAUCCACAUACACACAAAGACUAGGUUUCAAUAAUAAUCCUCAUACUCAUAAAGACUAGAUUUCAACCAUAAUCCACAUACUCACAAAUACUAGGUUUCAAUAAUAAUCCUCAUACUCAUAAAGACUAGAUUUCAACCAUAAUCCACAUACUUACAAAGACCAGGUUUCAACCAUAAUCCUCAUACUCACAAAAACUAGGUUUCAACCAUAAUCCACAUACUCACAAAAGCUAGGUUUCAACCACAAUCCUCAUACUCAGAAAGACUAGGUUUCAACCACAGACCUCAUACUCACAAAGGCUAGGUUUCGAUCAUAAUCCUCAUAUUUACAAAGGCUAGGUUUCAACCAUAAUCCUCAUUCUCACAAAGGUUAGGUUUUUGACCAUAAUCCUCAUACUUGCAAAGGCUAGGUUUCAACCACAAUACUCAUACUCACAACGACUAGGUUUCAACCACAAUCCUCAUACUCACAAAGGCAAGUUUCCAACCACAACCCUCAUACUCACAAAGGCUAGGUUUCAUCCAUAAUCCUCAUACUCACAAAGGCUAGGUUUCAGCCAUAAUAUACUUACUCACUUUAUUGUUUACAAAAUAUACAUCAUAACUCCCAAAUGCCUAUUCCUAUUUCCCUUGCUCCCUGCUUCUUUUUAUUCUCUACUUAUCUCUUCUAUUUAUUUUGCUACCUCUUGGAGAACACCUUCCUAAUUUAACAAUAGUGUGAUGUAUAUCGGUAUAACACUCAAUUUAAGAUACAGUGUCCUCUGUGGGGCGAUUCUAUUUGUUUUAAGUUAUUCAGAUUCCAUUAAAAUGAAUCAGAAUUCAAGAUUACUGCAUGAUGCAUAAUUCUUAUGUUCUUAGUGAACAUCAUAAAUGGAACAUCAUAAAUGGACUCAUAAAAGUAUGGAUCCUCAACAAGUCAGGCACAGAAACCCAAACUAUAUAACACUUCCUAUAUUUAUAUUUAUGGUUUACAGAAUAUGUUAAUAUUACCAUUUAUGUUCUAACAUUUUAUUGUAACAGAUUUGUAUAUUUUAUUGCAUAUCUUUUCAAUAAACAUCUUUAAUAUAUAUAA